CCUACUCAGCUGAUUGGUUAUCGCCGCUCGUCACGAGAUGUCGUUAGGCUCCUGUCGGCAGGAUUAGGUCGCGGUGCGCGACGCGGACGGCAGCGCGGCCAAGGCGUAAUUGCAGACGGCUAUUAUCUGGGCGGCGCUCGGCGCGCAUGGCGGCCGCGGUGCGAGCGGGAUGCACUCGAUAAUACGUAAAACAAAACGAGGGAGUAAUGAUGGUAAAAAACGAGCACGCAAAUUAUAGUGAGAAAUGAGGCAGCCGGUAGCGGUGGGGGCUCGUGGGACGGUGGGGCCGGCGUGCGGCAGUCGCGCUCGCUCGGCGCACGCAGACCGCCCGCGCCGCCUGCGCCGCGCCUCGGAGUGCUGUGAGUGAGUGACAUGCGCCUGCUCCUCCGCCCUCAGCCAGCGCCAUGAGCGGCAAGGGCUCCUCCUCGCCGGACCUGCUCAUGAAUGUUAGUAUCGACCCUGUGUCCACGGAUUCUAAGGAUAUGAAGAUAUUAGAACACCCGAGCUUACGCGGCACGCCGCUGGCGAUGCUCGCGGCGCAGUGCAACAAGCUUUCGAGUAAAUCACCUCCACCGCUAGCCGACGCGGCCGUCGGCAAAGGUUUCCAUCCAUGGAAGAAGAGCCCUGGCACUCACUCUCCGCCCGGCGGUGGCAUCGCGCCGCGGUCUCAGCCACCGGCGUGUGCGUCGUACGCGCGCGCGCCCACGUCGUGCGCCGCAGCCCCCGCCUAUGGUAACGACCUAUACUUCCCCUCAUCGGGCGAUCAACUACUAGGCAAAAGUGAAUCGAGUGCGAGUCUCGGUUCUAUGUACUCAAGGCACCCCUAUGAAUCAUGGCCUUUUAACGUUGGAAGUGGAGGCAGCAGCGGUGCACUUAAAGCGGCCGAAAUGGGCGGUGUUAGCGCCGUUGGUAGCACUUGGUGGGAUGUACACAGCGGGUGGCUCGACGUAGGAGGCCAGAUGGCUAAUUAUGCCGGACAAGAUUAUUCUCAAUUAACACAUUCGCUUUCGGGUGGAGCUCACUUACUUCCUCCAGCACCGCACCUCUUGCAAGACGCUUACAAAUCAGUACUGCCUACUCAAGGAUCGUUCGGUCUCCACGGACCCGGUUCUCCAGCACCAACUGCCCAGGCGCCAUCUCCUAGAUCUCAACGAAGAUACGCCGGUCGGGCGACUUGCGACUGCCCCAACUGUCAAGAGGCAGAACGCCUCGGCCCCGCAGGCGCACACCUCCGCAAGAAAAAUAUUCACAGUUGUCAUAUUCCCGGAUGCGGUAAAGUAUACGGAAAGACGUCCCAUCUAAAAGCUCACUUACGCUGGCAUACUGGUGAAAGACCGUUCGUGUGCAACUGGCUAUUUUGUGGUAAACGAUUUACGCGCUCGGACGAGUUACAGCGGCAUCUACGGACGCACACGGGGGAGAAAAGGUUUGCGUGUCCAGUAUGCAAUAAGCGUUUCAUGAGAUCCGAUCAUCUAGCAAAGCAUGUGAAGACGCAUAACGGGGGCAAGAAAGGUAGUUCAGAAUCGUGCUCAGACUCGGAGGAGAACAGUCAGGGUGAGAGUGGUAUCGGAAGCCGGUCGCCGGAGCACCCGCUGGACGUGAAGCCAGGCACGCUGGUGUGACGCGGGGGCGCGGCGCUCGCCGUGCCGCACCACGCCUCGCUGCUGUGAUAUCGCCGGCCGUGCGAGACGCUGCCUGUGCCGCCGCCCCUGUCCGUGUAUACCACAUAUCAAACACUGUGUAACGACAAUUUAUAAUUAACAGUUGAACAUUCAGCAGUGUGAACGCUGCCUUAAUAGUGUAUUGUGAUGAGACUUGAAAGUGUACAGUAUAGAAAUAGAUAUUAUCAAAUAUUGUCUAUCUAUAUAUUAUUAUAAUUAAAUAGAGUAAGUAGAAUCGCACUCUUAGUCCAAAAUCGCAGUUGUAAUUUAUUUAAAUAAUGACUUUAUUUCUAUUGUAAAGAUAAUAGUAUUAAAUAAUAUUUCUAUUAUAAUUACCUCAGUAACUCACAAUAGCAAAUUGUAUUUAUAUUAUAUUUUUGUCUAUAUUUGAUAUCCUUACCUAAUUCUUACUUUGUAAAUCACAUUUCAAAGAAAUUGUGAAAAUGCUAAUCAAACAAGCAAAGCAUUUAGCACAGUAGGAAAAAUAAUUUUACCUGUAUAUUCAUUUGUGUCAAACUUUAUGUUAAAAAUUCGUAGACACAAUUAAUAAAAUAUUUAAUUUACUUACUAAACAUUUACAAGCAACUUUAUUUGUACUUAGGUACUUACUUAGGUACCUAUUUUCUUUAUAUUCUGUUCUGUUAUAUUUGUCAAUUUCCAGUUUACCACAAUUUAUUUUGUAGGUACCUAAUAGGCAUUUCUAUUUAAAACAAAUUCUUCAUACACAAAUAUAGAAAAUGUAAGAAGGCGAUUUACCGAAAAGUUUUUCUAGACAAUGUUUUAUUUGUUUUAUUUCAUUUUGACUGUCUCAAUCAAAUAUAUCUACUUACUUAUGUAUUAUUAUCGUUUUAAAACUUUUCGGAAACAAACCUAAUGUAUGGAAGUCGUUUUACAUUUUACGAUCA